AUGCCAAACAUUGUAUUCGUCAGGGGAAUUCCUACGGCUUUUGAGCAGGAUUCAUAUUUUGAUGUGAACAAACGGAAUUUGAUCGUGUUUGAUGAACAGAUGAUUGACGCUAGUAAAGACAAGCGAAUUGUGAACCUCUUUACUCGUGGUUCUCAUCAUCGCAAUCUAAGCGUGAUUUACAUCGUGCAGAAUCUAUUUCAUCAGGGGAAAGCUAGCGGCAGCAAAAGCUUAAACCAUUAUUUGGUGUUAUUCAAGAAUCCACGAGACAAAUGCAAAUCUUGACUCUUGCCAAGCAAAUGUAUCCCGGACAAACUGAUUUCUUUUAAACCAGUACGAAGAGACUGUAAAAAGACCUUUUGGUUAUCUGUUAAUUGAUCUGUAAACUACUACCUAAGAUAAUUGUCGGAUGCGAACAAACGUUCUGCCUAGUGAAGGAGGCCUUAAACCAAGCAGGGUUUCGAGAAAAUAUUCCUCAAGUCAGCUUCUAAAAUAUCUGAAGCAGCAGACUCUUUCGCUUUUCCCGCUUCUUCCAGCUAUGCAAGAAAUACAAGGCAACAUGGAUGACGUGCUUUCUCGAAACGAUCUUAAUUCGGGACGAUGAGAAAGCUAAACAGAUACCUGGCUUUUAAAGAACAAUUAAAUACAAGAACACGACCGGAAAAAAUAAUCAGCAUUGUUCCAGACUUAACAUCAAGGACACAAGACUCUUCGACAGCAACGACAGCGUUCUCAACUCUCCUGAAACCCUUCAGCGUAACACCUGAAUUAACACAAGCGGCUAUCUCUCAGACAAAGAAGCCUCACCCCACCACCACCCUUAAAUCCUGCUUUCCUGACCCCUCCUCCCUCAGUGGAAACCCCAUCACAACAAGGCCCGAAGCGCAAAAGGCGUCGGAUUCAAUUUGUAAAUUAUUUGGAUGAUCAUAAAGCUCAUGGCAAACAGCUGAGGAAACGUCGGCAUAAGAAAUUCAAACCUUACAAGUACUCCAUGGGCGAAGAAGAUGAAGAUUAAUUUCCAUCCCUUACAAAUCGCUGUGUAUUUGAUUCCUUUUGUCAUUGUUUUUUAAUGAAGUUUUUAAAACGGUAUCUCGUGUCUGAUUUUAUUGCUAGCAAUUAUUAGUCGCGUGUUUUAAUUGAUUCUUGUCAAGUUAUUAGUCGUGAACUAAGCACCCUCGGCUUAGUCUCCCUCGCAGCCGUUUUUAGUAUCGUCACGCAACGCUCCUCCCCACAAACUACUUAACGGCUACUUUUGGAUCGGUUAAUACAGUCAAUGGGUCCGAAGGUCAGUAGCCAGUAGUCAACUACUUAACGGCUACUUUUGGAUCGGUUUAUUAGAGUCGAUGGGAGUAGUCUACCAUGAUGAAAAUUAAGCCCCGUUGGUGCGUUCCCUUUGCGUUCCGUGUGAGUUCCCUUUAAUAAUAUGCAUGUAUAUAGGUCGAGUCCAUGGCGCCACUCAUAGUUAAAACAUAGGGAAAAAGUACGUUCCUCCAUACCAAUUAAGAGCCUAGUCAGUGUCUAGCUAGCUAGGUAUAAAUGCGUUCCUCCAUACUAAUUCGGUAUACGUUUCUCUACUACAAUAGGCACAAUAGGCUUCCCUAGACUUGCCCGUUAAGUAACUUGAGCCCGGUUUACUGGAACGUCUAUUAAAAGGAAAAUAGGAGCGAUCACCUAGCAACGCGGGAAACGGUAUUCAGCGCUCAAAAUCGGAUAUGUCAGCAAAACAUACACAAAGUAGAACUGAAAACUCUCUAUUUCAAUUUUGCCUGACGUUUUCUCUUAUUAUCUCGAGGAAAUGAAAAACUAUUGGAGUCUCAGCGUUUCACGCACCGUUAGUUAGUUAAUUAUGCGAGUUCGCAAACUCAAAGUUGAAUACAAAUUAGUUCCACAGGGAAAAGCCCGAGAGAACCUUGACGUAUUGUUAGGCCUUUUUACAGUUAUGUAUGGAACCGAGGCUGGAGUUGACCUUGUUUUGAUACAAACCUUCCUGCUUUAUUACGUUAAUCAAGUUAUUCUUAUGCUAACCAGUAUUUUUCAAGGACAAUUUCCUUAACAAAGAAAAAGAGGUUUGUAUCAAAAAAAGGUCACCGUCAGCCUCACAUUCACUCGAAGCCGAGGGUAGUCUCCCUCGCAGCCGUUUUUAGUAUCGUCACGCAACGCUCCUCCCCAGGGGAGGGGAGGAGCGUUGCGUGACGAUACGCUGAAUACCGUUUCUCGCGUUGCUAGGUGAUCGCUCCUAUUUUCCUUUUAAUAGACGUUCCAGUAAACCGGGCUCAAGUUACUUAACGGGCAAGUCUAGGGAAGCCUAUUGUGCCUAUUGUAGUAGAGAAACGUAUACCGAAUUAGUAUGGAGGAACGCAUUUAUACCUAGCUAGCUAGACACUGACUAGGCUCUUAAUUGGUAUGGAGGAACGUACUUUUUCCCUAUGUUUUAACUAUGAGUGGCGCCAUGGACUCGACCUAUAUACAUGCAUAUUAAUAAAGGGAACUCACACGGAACGCAAAGGGAACGCACCAACGGGGCUUAAUUUUCAUCAUGGUAGACUACUCCCAUCGACUCUAAUAAACCGAUCCAAAAGUAGCCGUUAAGUAGUUGACUACUGGCUACUGACCUUCGGACCCAUUGACUGUAUUAACCGAUCCAAAAGUAGCCGUUAAGUAGUUUGUGGGGAGGAGCGUUGCGUGACGAUACUAAAAACGGCUGCGAGGGAGACUACCCUCGGCUUCGAGUGAAUGUGAGGCUGACGGUGACCUUUUUUUGAUACAAACCUCUUUUUCUUUGUUAAGGAAAUUGUCCUUGAAAAAUACUGGUUAGCAUAAGAAUAACUUGAUUAACGUAAUAAAGCAGGAAGGUUUGUAUCAAAACAAGGUCAACUCCAGCCUCGGUUCCAUACAUAACUGUAAAAAGGCCUAACAAUACGUCAAGGUUCUCUCGGGCUUUUUCCUGUGGAACUAAUUUGUAUUCAACUUUGAGUUUGCGAACUCGCAUAAUUAACUAACUAACGGUGCGUGAAACGCUGAGACUCUAAUAGUUUUUCAUUUCCUCGAGAUAAUAAGAGAAAACGUCAGACAAAAUUGAAAUAGAGAGUUUUCAGUUCUACUUUGUGUAUGUUUUGCUGACAUAUCCGAUUUUGAGCGCUGAAUACCGUUUCUCGCGUUGCUAGGUGAUCGCUCCUAUUUUCCUUUUAAUAGACGUUCCAGUAAACCGGGCUCAAGUUACUUAACGGGCAAGUCUAGGGAAGCCUAUUGUGCCUAUUGUAGUAGAGAAACGUAUACCGAAUUAGUAUGGAGGAACGCAUUUAUACCUAGCUAGCUAGACACUGACUAGGCUCUUAAUUGGUAUGGAGGAACGUACUUUUUCCCUAUGUUUUAACUAUGAGUGGCGCCAUGGACUCGACCUAUAUACAUGCAUAUUAUUAAAGGGAACUCACACGGAACGCAAAGGGAACGCACCAACGGGGCUUAAUUUUCAUCAUGGUAGACUACUCCCAUCGACUCUAAUAAACCGAUCCAAAAGUAGCCGUUAAGUAGUUGACUACUGGCUACUGACCUUCGGACCCAUUGACUGUAUUAACCGAUCCAAAAGUAGCCGUUAAGUAGUUGAUUACUAGCUACCUUAGGAUCCAUCGAAUAUCAACCGAUCCAAAAGUAGCCGUUAGUUGUCUGGGUUAGUGGCCACCUUGUCGUCGGAAUGCGUAUCCAAACGAAAGGUAGCCAUUAUCUUAUUUACUUUAUGGCUACUCUCUGGUUAGGUGCAAUAUCAAUACCCAUGUAGCCAUUAAGUUAUGAGACGACGGUUACCCUGUAGUCGGUAAAUAAAUAAAUGAAUACUGAUCAAAUAGUUGGCCUCGUAAAUCGUUCGCAUAUAGCGACGAAAGAAAUGCCAAAUUUCGCCGUUAUCUAAAUGCCGAACUUUUUGACGUCUAAUUUCGGAAGCUUUGCUCGGUUGGUAACCUUGGUUUGGAUUUACGCAUUGCGGUGCUGAUGAUGAAGCUGGUGGAGUGGGUUGCUCAGUCAGUCAUGGCAGCUAGCUAACGUUUGUGUUGGGUCUGCGCCUCAAUCGGCCACGGCCGUUCAAUCUCGUCCGCCUCUUCUUCUUCUGUUACUUUCUCGUCUGCCGCUAACUCGGCCAAACUCUGCUCGUCAAGCGGCAAGAUCUCUUGAAGCUGUUCUCCUAAACUAGCCUUCUAUUUCAGCAGUUCUGUCUUUCUAACGGUUGAAUAUUCGUCGUGUACGCUUCGUUGAUUUUCGUGAAAAGUCCACGAUGGGCCACUCUUACUUUCUUUUUAGACAUUCUCUAAUUCUGCUCGAAGGACCUGUCCAGUUGUUACGGAAUCUCACUGUGUUUGAAAUAUCUCCGCGUUCGCUGGUUCAAUAAACAAUCAGGACUGUAUCUUUCACAUUCUUCGCUUUAUUGCGUUCGUUCACUCGUCAGUGCAUCACAAUCGUUCUAAACAUUCUACCUAAAAUUACAAUGCUCACUAGUUUUACUGCUACCACAAGUAAACGCCUUGACUGCGUAUGUCUGGUCGCAAACCGAACUUGGCAAAGGCUCACUGUUAUUUCUUAUGAUCUAACGCAUGAGCAUGAUACCUAUUUCCUUAACAUAUCCAAAAUUAUCUACCCUAUUAUUGUCUACCGCGCAUAAACCAUAUUACAAUCAAAAUCACUAACACUGAUAAACACAAACCAAGUCAAUUCUAUUCAGAUUCGCUUAGUAUUAUUUUUCGUAAUUGUAGCUUAAUUGUUGCCUUGCAAGUAGAAAAUUAUCUUAGGCGUACAGCCACAUCCUAUGACGAUAACUUGUUACAAAUUUCUCCCCCCUUGACUCGCCUACAAGUCAGUUGUCCGUAAAGUUAAGCUAUUAAGACUCACCUUAUGUGCUUGCACCAAUGGUAAAGAAAGUAAAGUUUGUGUCGAUGUUCCUAUCUUAUUUUUCCUCGUGCUCGUAUAAAUGGUUCGGAGGAAAUUUUAGAGACCUUGAUAAGCAAAGAGAACGUUGACAGACCCCAACUUUGGAGAUGGCAACAGGAAGUUUAUUUAGAGCGCGGUCACCUUUAAGGCAAUAGUGCCGCUUGACUAAGUUCUCCGCCUAUACUUGUCUAGCUGUUCUUUCUUUACCUGUACAAAAGAAUCAGUAGUUUCAAGUCAUUGCCACCCAUAGAGAGAAAACCGUUUACAGCACAACCCAUAAAUCGGCCCAUGGACCACACAGGAGAGACGUAACACACAUUUUAUGUCAGGUAAGCUGUUAUUUAUUUAUUUAUUUAUUUAAUCAAGUUUCAGAUUUACAAUUACAAUGACAAUUAAAUCAAUCAAUCGCUCAAUCUGAGGUAGGCUUAAAACAGAGUGGAAGACUUCUUAAAAUAAGCCACUUAUUAUUACAUCAUAAAUAGAUCUAGAGAAUUAAUUAAGUAAUAAAAUUAUCAAAACGUUAUUUUAAAAAGUGUUAUUAAAAAACUACAGAAAAAAUUGAGUAAAGUACAAUGUAAAGUUAGAGAAAAUUUACGUUGAACUUAUCAUAUAAGGCCAUCAAAUUCUUACGAAAGAUUGACAUGGUAUUUGACUCUUUUAUGCUAAGAGGUAAUUCAUUUCACAGGCGACAGAUCCGAACAAAAAAAAGAAUUCUUAAAGACGUCAGUCCUGCUGAAAGGGACAUCAAGCGUUAAAUGAUCAACAUUCCUAAGCGGUUUGGCCCCUCUAGCUAUCCUUUCGGAAUAUUGUAUACAGGGAAGAAGAUAAUAUUUCACCAUCAAAAUAGCCAUCAUGGAGCCACGUCUCAGUAACAGCGACGGCGUCUAAGUUAUUGAAAUCCUUUGAUCUUCGUAGGAUACGAAAAAGAAAGGUUUUUUUUUCCCAUACAAAUCCUUAUAUUUCGAAUGUUAUGCAACAAUGUCGAUGUUCGCCGAUGCUAAAAUUUCGAGUUUGGGCUACCCGUGUUUUUAUUUCCUCAUUUUCCAUUUUGAGAUUGAUUUGCAACUUGAGUCUGCCGUUUGCCGUUCGCCGUAUGAACGUGACUCAAUUGACGACCAACUAGAAGUGGCCGCCUUGCAUGUCAGGUGGUUAGCAGCCUCGUUCUUUUCCAAUCGUCCGCGGCGAUUUUGGAUCACGUGAAAUCACCUGUCAAAUUGUCGGGGUUUAAGACUAAUCGAGCCUGACCGAGGAUUCCGAAGUCGGAAGUCGGAAGUUGAAAAUCUGAAGUCGGAAGUCGGAAGUCGGAAGUAAGAAGCGGGAAGUGGGAAGCGGGAGGUUCGAAGUCUAACCAUGCAGCAUUGAGUCUGAGCGGUAAGAAAUCAGAAAUCCGGAGUUCGAACUUUGUCAAGUCUGAAGUCUGAAGUUUGAAGUAUGAAGUCGGAAGCAGGGCGUAGCCAGGAUUUUUUCAGAGGUACGCACAAUUCUCCAAAUCGCGGCUCGAAAAUUCCCCUCCCCCCCACUUUUCUAAUGGUCCGUCCCUUAGCAACGAUGACGGCGAGGGCAACGAAAACGUCCCUAGCUAUCUAAAUGAAUGUAUGUUUGAUUUCAACUCUCUUAAAAUGGCAAAUAUUGGUGAACUUCCCUACGGAAUAUUGGGGACCGCACCCAAGUUCGGACUCAGAGAUGAAAUUUAAUUUGUUCCUGUGCUUACGUCCUCCAAACAACGUCGCAAAAGGAAAUUUAACGUCGUGUUCGUACAAGUUGUAAAGAAAAGCCCGCUGCUCGUCAUUUACUUAUUGGGCUCGUUUCGUUUGACGCUCUCGUUGCUGUCGCCGUCACCGUCGCCUUCGUCGUUGUUCCGAGGAUUUAUCGAUGUGCGUAACGAAUCCGAACACGUUUUUAGAAAAAAACGCCUGCCAUCUUUUCACUAGAUAUAUAUGUUAUUGCUGAUUCGGUACAUUAAUGAAUUACUUCGUUUCUCUGGAAACCGACAUUUGGGUUGAGAAUAAAAAAGUCCAUUGUCUUAUAAAAAUAUAUAUAUAUAUAUAAAUACUUGUAUUCUGGGUAGAACGUAUUCCGUAGAGCGCUCAAUUCAUUUAAAUGAAGAGCAUUGACUAUUAAUAAUCACAGGAGUUCAGGCUUCAGGAGUAAUCAUUGAUCGUUUAUUGCGACAGUGCUGUUUCGUAUGGUCCGAAAUUGUAGGACCACACUCAUCAGGCAACUUCAACGAUUGACCGUUAAAAUUAAAAGCUGGCAGUAAAUAUAGGGAUGCGUUAAGAGAUAGUAUCUAGGUAACAGAUGGAUUGUGUCUUAGUUACGUUACUCUAGAGUUCUGAAGUACAUAUCUGUUUCUGUGGGGGCAUGAACUCGCUAGUUCGUUUCGCCUGUUUAGGCUACAAAAAACUCUUUUUUAACGUCACAAAUGAUGAUAAACUUUUCAUAAAGACAAAGAUUACAUUUUUUGCUAAUGUUGCUAUAAGCUUUACAUUUCUUUAAAACUUUCCAUUUUAUCUGGAAAGGUUUGUUAGAGUCUUGUAAAGUCCAAAUAUAUUUUGAUAGUUCCGUUUCAUUUCUUCUGUUCGAGCGUCGAAAGGAGGACUGAUGGUUUCUGUAACGUUCCUUAAAGUUUGUUGCCAGUCCGACGUAAGUUUCAGUUGUCGUCGCUGUAGUUACAGUGGCUUGGUAGAUUACAUUUGAUUGGAGGCAUUUUCCUUCGAGUGGACAAUCUGGUUUCUUUCUGCAAUUGCAGGUGUCAGGUUGUUGUUCCAUCUGUUACCUAGAUACUAUCUCUUAACGCAUCCCUAUAUUUACUGCCAGCUUUUAAUUUUAACGGUCAAUCGUUAAAGUUGCCUGAUGAGUGUGGUCCUACAAUUUCGGACCAUACGAAACAGCACUGUCGCAAUAAACGAUCAAUGAUUACUCCUGAAGCCUGAACUCCUGUGAUUAUUAAUAUAUAUAUAUAUAUACUAAAAACAAUGAAAAACGAAAGUCUUCUUUGCUUUUGCGCUACGCGUUUCACCGCUGUUGCGGCUCUUCAGGCAUAGCAAAGUGUUUGGAACUUUGCUAUGCCUGAAGAGCCGCUAAUGUUGUCGGCCUGAUGAAAGGCAUGAAACCCGAGUAGCGAUUAAAUGUUUUUGAACUUUUCCGACUUUUUAGUUCAUCUUUUAUCUAUAUAUAUAUAUAUAUAUAUAUAUUUAUAUAUAUAUAUAUAUAUAUAUAUAUAUUUCAAAGAAACAACCAGAGGUGAAUGAAUUGAGGCAAACUGUGCUCUUGAAAUAAUCAUCUUUAGAUAUUUUGCUUUCUUUUUAGAAUUAGCUUAUUUUUUGCUAGUUAUUCAUUUUAUAUCUCUUUUGUGCACGACUCUUUCAGGUACGUACGUGCGUACCGUGCGUCAAGUUAGCUACGCCCCUGCUUCGGAAUUCGGAAAUCGGAAGUCGGAAGACUCCUCCUCGGCUUUCGUAUGUUCCAGGCUCCGAGAAAGUAGCGUCCGCUGAAUCGAGAAAGCGCGUGCAUGAAAAAAAAAAAAAACAAAACAAAACAAAAAAAACAAAAAAAUCGGGAGGAAACUAGGGAGAGGAAGGGCCCUUCCUUUUUCCUUUUUUCCUGCCCCCCCCCCCAACUUUUUGCGUGCCUUUCACUUUGGCCUCUCCCACACUCCUUCAUGUCUUCCCCACUAUCUCUACUAUCUGAGAGCCUGAAACAGGUUAGAGUGGUAUCGAUCUGCAAGCGAUGCAUCAUGCAUGCAUGCAAGUUGCAUAUCAUGUAUGCCUCUGCAAGUUGCAUCGGGACCGUCCGCAUACGUAACGCUAUAAAAGUCUAAUUCUUUCGGGAGUCGUAUCAUAGCCUUUGUCUAUUUUUAAUAGAUUCUCUAAUUUUUGUCUGGUUGAUAUUGGCAAUCAAAAUUCCUUCUUUUCUACCUCUGUCGACACACACAAAAAAAAUGGUUGCGCGAAGAACUACAAUAUUAAAUCUAAGCUUCGGAGUUUUGUAUUGAGUUCCUCACAACUGAGCUCCCCCGUGAGAUGAUGUGGCUAUUUAAUUUUUGGUUUAAAAAAUAACUUAAAAUGGUUUCAAAAAUCUUUUGUUUUCGUUAAGUUGCGCCGCCACCGCCACUUUCGUCUGCGGCCAGUUUGAUGAGUGUGACGUUUGACUAGUAAACACCUUUCCGUAUACGUCACAAUAGGUUAUAUUUUUUAUGCAAACAAUUCUUGUUUUUGCUCAAACAGACCAGUAUUGAGAUGUUUCAAUCGGUUCGUGUAUGUUUGUAUAUAAGUUUCUGCCGACUUUAAUUUACUAAACUGUGGAAUUUAAAAUAUGAUUAACGUGAUUAACUUUCUGCGGGUCGAGCACUCGUCAUUUCCUCUCAUGACAAUGGAAACUCAACAAAAAUGUCUCCACGCUAAGAUUUACGGUUUCCUCUCAUUACUCUUUUCGGCUAUGAUUGAGGUAAGAUCGUACGAAAAAAUGCCGUAUAAAACCGGUUAAGAAAAAUAAAUAAAUAAACUCUCUUGCAACAGGUCAGGGGAAACCAAUAGCCUGUGUACAGCUGUUCAUAGGUUAGGGAAACUAAUUAGACACAAAAUUUGUCUGGACAGCCGACCAACAUAUUUCAGGCUUUAAAUUUUGCGUUUUCUUCUCGAUAUUAUACUUUUAAUACCGGAAGUGCUCCUCGAUAAAUAAUGACUAGAGAAAAAUUAAAGCAGAUUCACACGAAUUUUACUGUAAAGUAAAGUUUAUUACCAGCGAGCAUUGAAUAUAUAUUUUUGAGCCCAUAAGGUGAUAUGAGGUUGGUUUUUUUUUUUUUUUCCGAGCUUUUCAUACAUCAAAAAUAUAUUCUGCUCUCUUAUUUAUCCGAACAAAAAUGUCUCUGAAAUUAGCAUACAUGAAGUCAUCAAAUUUUUUUUCGUGUGUGGUUAGGGGCGUCACGCAUCAUUCUCAAAAAUAAACAAAAUAUGAAAAGGACGCGCCUACGUCAUACCACGUGACCAUUUGUGGGCCCUUCCCAAAAUAAGGCAUUCUUUACGCUUUGCACAUUUGUCAACGGCCAGUUGUUGUAGUGAUUUGGAUAAAACGAUAGUACAUCAGUCGAUUUUCACCGUGUUUUGGGGAAAGUUACUUCAUUUUGUGGUUAUUUAUUUCCAAGUGUCUCCGUGAAGGUAAGACAGGUCGACACUCGAAGUUUCUGUCGAUUGAGUUGAUAUAUUUAUCAGGUUAUAGCGCCAUUUUGAACAGUACCAUUUUGAGCUUAACAUUCGUGACCUGAGUUUCUCUUUCGGUCCUCAUUUUGUUAGUUUUGUCUUGUAGGUAUUGUUUUGUUUCCCUAAACGUCAAGGUCCUAGCUAGUUGUCAAUUUUCAAAUACUAGAAUACUGAUAAAUACUACACUGGCGCUAGAAACCCUCUUUCAUCACGUCAAUCGUCGCAUGUCAUUUUCAAACAUUUUUAAUCCUGGAUGGAAUUCUCUACGAUUCCUUGUCACGUUCUCGUGCCCGUAGUCUCGAAUUACAACUCAAAUUAGUGAGUUCCCUUUAUUUCAGUCUUUGACUAUAACCUUUGCCAAGUUUAUCAAGCGCCGCUAGGUUUUGUUAUUUCUGUCACAAAUCGAUAUUAAAGUGGAAGCACUAAGCUUUUCCGUUUGACCUUGCUACAGUAGUAUUUCCCAGAGUUAGCUUGAGGAUGAGUUGACAUGUUAACUUCCUCGUCGAGGAACACUAUACACUAUUGGUUCCAACGAGAUCACUUCACUGGGUUACGUGAGUGUAUCUUAAUCUUUACAAGCUGUUUGUUAGUCCCCUACGAGGCGCUUCAAUAGCAUCCUUUUAAGCUUACAUCUUUGUUUUAUCAGCGGUUGAACACUGUACCUUACACGAACGAGCUUUAAAUUGUCAAAUCUGUUCUGUAUCAAGAUAUUUAAUGCAUGAACUGGUAAUACUUCGUUUUCAUAAUGAGUUACUUACAUCCAUCUUUCGAAUUUGAUGACCGAUUCAUGGCGUGCAACGUCAUGAUAAUGUAUUGGCACUCAAUUCGUUUUUGUCUCUAGUGAGAAUGUCUUUAAAAACAACCUUUACCGUUAAAUUGUCGAAUCUGUUCUGCAUCAAGAUACAGGUAUUUAAUACAUGAACUGGUAACACUUCGUUUUUAUAAUGAGUUAUUUACAUCCAUGUAAACCAGUACUUCUUUCGAAUUUGAUGACCGAUUCAUUGCGUGUACCGUCAUGAUAAUUUAUUAGCACUCAACUUGCCUGCAUACGAAUUCGUUUUUGACUCCAAUGAGAAUGUCUUUACAGACAGUAAGUUCAAGAAUUUAGCCUGAUAGCACAAAUGGAAUUCUAGUUUUUUUUUUAUCAUACUUCUUCCACUCUACAUGUACCUCAUGAAUUAAGGGUCUCCUUUGUAACCACAGGUUUAAUUACAUUAUUAUUAUUUUAUUAAUCAUAACUAUAACAAAAUUCUUAAAUCUGAUUGGCUAUCAACUGCCCUGAAUUCAGCCUUAAUAGGACAGUUAAAUAGGACAGUAUGCGUCAUGCCUACAUUGUAUGUAAUCGGACAGUACGUGCCAUCACGUGCCUGCUUAAAUAACUUUUUUUUUUCACUGCUAGAAAAAAAUCUUGGAAUUUCUUGUGUUUUGAUUAAAAAAAAAAGCCUAAUAUAUCACAAAUUUUGUUAAAGUUAUGAUUAAUUGAUAACAGAACUUCGUGUCGUCAAAUUCGGUCUGCAAUCAUACUCGUGAUUAAACAAGUCGGACUCCCGCUAUGCGGUCGUCCGAUUUUGUUAAUCACUCGUAUGAUUACAGACUGAAUUGGACUCCACUCAGUCCUGUUACCAUUACUUAUUUACCAUCAUACAAGCUAAUCAUGGCACUGCUUAAGAAGUUUGAUCAAUAAUUGAUUACAUUAUAUCCAUUUUGAAAUCACUGGUGAUUCCUGCAAUCUGAUUGGCUCUCAGCAGUGUGAUUUAUUCCCAAAUCACACUUUUUUGCUCUAAAUCAUGUAUGUUCUAAAUAUUAUCAUCAUUUAUGUUCUAAAUUGCAUCAUUUCUGUUCUGACUAAAUCACACCAUUUUUGCCCUAUCUCGCAUCAUUUCUGUUUUGAAUACAAAAUGGAUAUUGUGAAAGCCUCUUUGUUUCUGCUUUUCAACAAACCAGCUGCUUGAUCUAUAAAAUAUUGGUGCUGAUUGGAUUCUGCGAUUUCACAGUGGAUGUAAUGAAGUGGUAAUUAAACUUUGUGUUGUGCAGGUUUGGUCUGAAAUCAUAUUUGUGAUAUCAAAUCGAACUUGCGCUGCGCGCUCGUUCGAUUUUAAGAAUUGCGCGUAUGAUUUCAGACCAAAUUGCAGUCGACUCAUUUCAAUUACCAUUAUAAAUCGAUUGUCAGCACGCUACUGUGCAAUGUAUGUAAAGAUGUGUUGUUCUCAUUUGUUGCAGGUUAUAUAGACUCUUCACAAUGUGGGGGAUUAUUUGCAUUCUUUCAGUCACCAGUCUCAUGACACUGACAAAUGGUAAUUAUGCAAGUCAUGACUUUUUUGUUUACUGGUAAGGUAAAGGUAAAGGCGCACGCGAGCCAAAGGCCCUAAUGCCCAGAGCUUAUCCUGCUUUCCUUAGCAUGAAGCAUGCCUAGGAGUAUUGCUACUCCCCUCUGGACAGGAUGCUAGUCCAUUGUAGGGUUAGCCUCAGCAAAAAUUCUCGCCGGUACCAAUUUAUACUUGUACACCUGGGUGAAGAGAGACAAAAAAGGAGUAUUUAAGUUCCUUGUCUAAGGAAAGUAACUCAAUGGGCAAGGCUUGAAACCCAGACCUCCAGAUCAUCAAGAGUUCAAGGUCUGUUAAUCCCUUGGUCACACAAGCCUCCUUAUGGGUACAUGUUGUUGGGCCUACAAAUGGGCUUAAAAGUCACAGAUAACUGCAUUCUUGUUUUCUAAAUUGCAGGUCAACAGGUGGUAGACCCGCCAAGAAUUGUUGACUUUCCAGCCAAGGAUUUACUUGCUCCCGAGGAUGUUAAGUUUAGUAGACAAAAUGCCUUGGAAUUAAAGUGUGAUGCUGUUGGGAGUAACUUGCAAUGGAUCUGGAAGCACAAUGGCACAGCAAUUACGACGGGUGGUAAGUUCACUGUUGGUGCCGAUGGAACCUUAUACGGAAGUUACCUUGAGAGUGCACAGAGUGGAAAUUACCAGUGUUUUGUCAGGGACACUGUUACUGGAAUUGAGACAUUCAGCAGGAAGAUACAGGUUGCUGUUACAGGUAAGGAGUCACUUCAGUAUCAUUGGUAUAAGCAGUUGAACAGAUCUAAACAAAAAAAAAAACAAUAAAGCCCAAGGCUGUGCUUUUAAUGCAGAGCUUGAAAAAAAAAUUGAAUUCCAGGUUGUCCUUUGGGCAAGGAGCCCUUACAUUUGGCUUGUCCAAGGCCAUUUCCUGUUUGUCUAAAGUGUAAUUAUGAUUUUGUUAGAGGAUGACUUAGCUGAAACCUUCAGUUAAGUCAGCUUUAAAAGUUACUUGCCCAGCAAGAAUAUCUCUUUUUGCUGGCGGACUACCGGAUUUGACUUUUUUUAGCCCUGCAGAAGGCAAGUAAAAAAUUAAGAGUCCUAGCUUUAUUAUAACCUUAAGCGAAGUCUUCCACUUUGCAAGAGUCAAAAGCUCAUGGCUGUGCGCUAAGAAAAACUGAAAGGAGCCUGGUGCUCUGAACCUGGGAAAAUCAGGGUUCACUCACAAAUGUGCUUGAUUCUACUACAUGUAAGUGCAACCCUGACUAAUUGGGGGUGACAAGAAGAGCCCGCAAUGGUAAUCUCCAGGUUGUUAUUAUGUGGGAGUCACGUGUAUGUAGCAUUCAUUUGGAUUUCCACUAAGAAUGACUGGAAUGCACAGAACAUAAUUUGAUCAUGCAUUUGGACCUUCUAUCACUUGAAAUCUGAUCACACGUGUUUUGACCAUCUGUCAUGUCAAACUUACGCAAAGCACAGUACUGGAGCAAGAUUAGUGUUUUGACCUUCGAUCAUUGUCUCCCGCACUCGGUAACCUUUGGUCAUUACUAGUUUAUAAUAUUUGUCUUGUUUCCUUGUACAGUUGUAGGGACAUUCAGCAAUCAAAAUGAGCAGGAGGUGCUUGUAGAUCUUGGGCAAGAGAUUAGUAUUAAUUGUCCACAACACUCUGCCAGUUAUGGUGUCAGCUACUCAUGGCAGGGAAAAAUCAAUACUGUGGACAUACAGUUCAAGAGAAAUGAUCGACGAGCCAUAUCACAGACAGGGCAACUAUUAAUCAUGUAUGUUACCCAGCAAGACAUUGACGAUUUUGCAGAGUAUGACAGCCAAGGAAUCAGAUGUUUUAUUACAGGAGCAAACAGAUUUGAAAGUUCUGGCAUUUUAAAGUUAAAGAAGAAAAGUGCAGGUAAAUUCUUUGUUUUCUUUUAACACCGAAGGAAAUCUCAGUGGAGGAAAGAGGAACUUCCAUCCCAUUAAAUAGAUGUAUUUAUAUUACGUGUAACAUUUUGGGAGUGUCCUUUUGACCUAGUGUCCAUAUAAUAAUUUGAUUAUGCUAUUCUCUGUUUUCACUUUCAUGCCAUCAAAAAUUAAAAUCAAAACUAUUCAAUACAGAACGUCCAGAAUCUUGGAGAUGAAAGAAGAUAAAUACAUGUACGAAUAAAGCCUCGCCAAGAAUCAGGUUUAUACAAUAUUUCAUAUGGGAUGCACUCAGAAAAAUGUUUUGUCCAAACUUUAAAGCUUUGUACAGGGUUUUCGAUAAGAUUUUAAAAAGGUGGCAAAAGCUUUGGAGUAGGCGGAGAACUGGAAAAAAAAUUAUCGGGAACUUGCAUGCAUUGAAUUGAAAGCGUGAGUUCCUAGAAAGGAUCCGUCUAGGUGCAUGCCUCCUGGAAAAAUUUUGCAAUCUGGCCCUUGUAGAAUCAGACACUAUGUAGAAUCUAUGCAAAUGCUAUGUCACAAAGCUAUGCAAAACCUAUGUUAAUCACUCAUACAUUGCUUUAACCAGAUCCUAUGUUGUUUCUAUGCCAGGACUAUGUUUUUUGUAUCGAAAAUGCUAUGUUUUCGCUAGUCAAACGGAACCUACUUAAAAGCUAUGCAGUUUUUAAAGGUAGGAAUAAAGGAAGAAAUGACAUAGUUUCCACAUAGCCUAUACAUACAGUUUACUUAGCUUGUGGAAAGAGAUUUUAGACUUCAUAGUCAACCUCAUAGAAAAAUCAUAGAAAAUAAAUAGCCUUCACAUAGGACUGAAAUAGAGUUUACAUAGUAAAAUGUAACAGGGAACAGUUGAUUAAAUAGCUUUUGAAUAGGGUUUGCUUAGAAUUUAGAUAGCCUAGAAAUAGAAAAAACAUCUGAAAAACAUAGCCUUUUUAAAGGUGACAUAUACUUUGCAUAGCAUUAAAAUAGGGAAAACACAGAACAAAUAGUCUUUGCAUAGGUUUGAAAUAGGAUUUUAAUAGUAUUUGAAUAGGUAAAACAUAUCACAUACACAAGCUUUAACUAGAGUUCAAACAGAAAUUACAUAGAAUUGACAUAGUCUCUUAUGUAUGUAGGUUUCGAUCUGCUUAAGCAAAUGUAGUGUUUAAAAUACGUUCGUAAAAAUCACCAAAAUAGUAAAAAUAGUAUAAAAAUAUGAAUUAGAAUACCUUUUACAUUGGUAAGAAAUAGGUUUUGAAACGAAAAAUUGAAAAACUAUGGCAAUAUAAUACCACGAACACUAAUAGUAACACAAAUGCAGUAUUUUCAUGGAGGUUUCAGAAUCGAAACCCCAAGUUUAAGUUUGCUUAUCGUGUAGACUUUUUGCUGAAGUCGUGCUCUUCAGUGCCAUACAGUUUCCUUUUGACUGCAACGAAUAAGUAUCUGCAAACAGAAAAGUGGAGAUUUUAAGGCAAAUGAACAUAAAAACAACCUGACGUUUUAGAAUUGAAACGAAGGAGUAUCAAAGCGUGAUCGACCGAUCCUUGUUCAGAUACGCGAAAAGGGGAGAUAACACAGGCAAAUCGAAACUUAAUUGAGAAAAACAUCACUUACCAACGUUAGGAAUAGUUUUUGUUGAACCUGGCAGGAAAAAGACUGCAAAUUGAAGUAAAAAGAAGCGUCUUCUUGUAAAGACGCACGCUUACAGCUCGUCUUCUUUGACUUGAAAGCGCCCGCGUGGAAACAGACAAUUUUCACACCUUUUCAUUGGUUGAAAAGACCCACGUGACGAUAAAACGCAAAAAUACGCAUGUGUUGAACUCACGGACUUCCCUGGGAACUAGUGGAAACAAAAUGGCUGACAAACAUCCACCGAGGCAGGUAGCGUUUCGCAGUUUUGACCAUGCAGUUAUAUUCAGGAGACGUCCACAAUCAAGACGAAGGAUCGAACCCAAUGUAAAAGAAGAAAAUGAUGCAUGGAAGUAUCAUUUCAAGUGAAGAUCUCUAGGGAAAAGCUAGAAAGGAAAGUUAAGACAGGGAUGAUGGAUGUAACGAUUCAAUGCUUAACAAAAGUCUUCUCACUAAGAAACUAUCUGCAAGCACAAAAAAAAAUUAUAGUACAUGGUUUUUCAGUGUUUUAGUUUAAAACACUGCUUUUUACUUUGGAAGUAUGCUUAGCCUUCUGUAAGUGCCACCAUCAACAUGCCUAGUCACUUAAAAGCUAUGUUGGAAUAUCACAUAGGAAACGCAUAGACUACAUAUAUUUUUCAUAUGAGUGACAUAGGAAAAAAUAUGUUUAUGUAAAAGCUAUGUAGCCUUUAUCUCAUGAUAAAGCUAAAUGAAAAUGUCACAUACUGAAUACAUAGGCUGCAAAUAUGUUUUAUCACAUAGCAUAGAAUAUACAUAGCACUAUGUAAAAGCUAAGAAACUUGUUGGAAAUAAAAGUGAAGAUCGAAAUGCUAUGUAAAAGCUAUUUUACUUUGAUGCAUAGUGAAUACAUAGGAUGCUAAUCGGAAGGAAAAGCAGAACUUUCUAUUGCAUAGUAAAUACAUAGCUAUGUCAAGACUAUGAAAAGAUUUUGAAUAGUAUUUGCAUAGGUAUUCAAAAGCUAUGUGCUUUUCAAAUAGCCUAAACAUAGUUUCAACAUAGAUUUUGCAUACUUUGGACUAUGUUGUUUGGUGUGUUACAUAGUUAAUACAUAGGCAGUAGUGUACAUAACAUAGCUGAAACAUAGUCCAACAUAGUAAGCAAAUAGCAUGAGCAUAGGUUUUGCAUAUGUCUGGUUCUACAAGGGGGGCCUCUUAGAAUGCAUAUCCAGCAUUCCGGAGCAAAAAUUAGAGUGUUUUUUGGGUGGGUGGGUGGGGGGGAGGGGGUAAUUUCCAAGUUCAAGUGAAGUAGCCAGUGAAUUUCACCGGCUGCCAGCAGAACCUUGUUUGUACAUGUAUAUGGAGAUGCCAUGUUGGUGUCCAUGUGAGGGGCACAAAAAUUAGUAUGGUGUUCUACAAAACCAUCAAUUCAUUGCUUGAGGAACUCAAACACAUUAAAAAAUCAUACUUAUUUUGAGACAAGGAAUAUUUAGAUGGGAAAAUCUCAAAAAAAUUAAUUGAUAACGUUUUUAGCCUACAGCACAUGAGAGCUUUCCUGGUAGCCAUCUUCCUACAUGGUGUAAGUACCAUGUCACUCAAAAGCUUGGAAAUUCAAGCAUCCUCUAUCACAAAACAAAGAACCCUUUAAAACUGAAAAUUUGUGUAAAUGAAGGUGUUGAGCUGCUGUAUUUAAUACCUCAUGGAAUUAAACACUCAUCACAAUUGCAUUUUGAAUUUUGGUGACAUCAUGUAAAAACUAGUAAGAAUUGACAGAGGUUCUCGCAAUGUUUCUUAGUUUAUUUUUAAAAAAGGCUUUUGUUGCUGGAAGAAUUGUUCGUGGGGAUCUUUUGAGGUUAACUUGGAAAGAUGCAGGUUGUUUAUGUUAUUAUGAUUUCUGCCAUUUUUUUACUGAACAAGUCGUAAUAAAAAAGGGAGGGGAGAUGUUACACAAGAUGUAUCGUUACUAGUAGGCUAUAGCAUAAAGCAAGGGUUAAUAAUUAUUUUACAGAGUAUUGUGUAUUUUGUCUUAGGUCAAACAGAUCCAGGGACACAAAGAGCGCCUGCAUGGAGGCUUAUACCUGCUGCCAUAGAAACAGCUGUGGAGGGAAGAAAUAAAACUUUGUAUUGCCUUGCAGUUGGAAGGUGAGUGCCUGCAUGGGUACAUUUUACAAACUGAGCAAAGUAAAUAGUAAUAAGAUAAGGAAAUAUUUACAUACAUUCUACAUACUAGAUAAAUAUUAAAUAGUUAGGAUGGACAAUUUUCAGAAUGAAUUCUGUUCAUUUAAGCCAAUAUCAAUGGCAGUAGCAUUGGAUGGGUUUGUUUUCAGAAAAUUUAGGCAUCCAACUUUUUGGGAUUAGAACUGUAGGCUGUCAAUGCAAAAGCGUCCCUAACAGCCAACUGCUUCUUACACCCAUUCAUUAAAAUUGGGUAUCUGGUAAGUUGUUCACCUUAAACUACAUACAAACAUUUACCUCAGCCAUUAAACGGUUCAUGGUACAUUCUAUCCAUUUCAAAUGUCCUGUCUACCAGUUUCUGAUGCAUUGAUUUGCUUUGUGAUUGGCUGUUCUCUGUGUAAAAAAAGGCAAUUGUCCAAUAGCCCGGAAGCAAGUACAUUGUGUGCUCGGGCUAGUGGAUUCUGUUCUUUAUGCUUGGCAGACAGGCAAGUGAAGUAUUCUGCAGGAAUUCAAAUCACAGAAGUAUUUUAAGACAAGUGUUUUAAAUUCCUGAUAUAUUCAUGUGGAGCAAGAGUUACUUGCAAGCUGGUCUGGCAUAGUGAAAUUAUUACACGAACUGUCUUACAUGUAAUGGUGUAAAUAUAAUCAAUAAAAAUGUAAGGUUAAUUAAUUAUUGAUCCUGCUCAUCAAAAGUUUUGGGGGGCUAAUGUUAAAUUGACUCUCGGGCUAGUACUUUACAUGCUUGUUAAAUGGCAAGCUGUAAAGCUCACUCUCUUAUAUUGCUCGGUGCUGUUUAAAGGGCUACAGUAGCUGUUAAGAACAUUGCAUGAGAGAACUCACAAAUUGAUAAAUUUUGUCUUGCUUUUAAAUUAGAAAAAAAAAAAAGAAUAUUAGUACAGUCAAACCGCUCUAUACAGACACCUGCGUAAUACGGAUGCCUCAUUAUUUAUUACAGACAGUUUGCUUUGUCCCUGGGGAUCCAAUAGAAAGCCCUUUCAUUUAAUUUAAAUUCAACCCGCUUAAUAUGGACAUUUUCCUUGGCCUCCUCAUUGUCCGUAUUAACGGGGAACGUGACUGUAGGGGUUUGCAUGCACCUUGAUAGUCCUUGAAAGUCCUUGAACACACACUUGACUGUAACACACUAAAACAUUGCAUAGCCACAGGAAUCCUUGCAAUUUAGUAAUUGAUAUAACUAAAUGCAGUUGACGUCUUACAGUUCAAAGCCAUUGCCUGUUAUCUUGUUACUUACAGACCUGUGCCAACGAUAACUUGGAAAAUGCAGGACAAAAGUGGAAACUGGCAAAACCUUGUACAUGGACAAGAUAGUUUUGAGAUUGCUACUGCUUUCCAAGGAAGACUGCUUAACAUUAUAUCUGUUAAAAAGAGCAUGCAUCAGACCAAUUACCGUUGUGAGGCUGAGAAUUCUCAAAGUGGUGGAAACCCCUUGGUCCAUGAUAUACAGCUGAAGGUUGAGGGUAAGUGGCCUUAAGGCUGUGUCAAUCUCAUGCACCAAUCCCUUCAAUGAUCAAAUUAAGGUGGCUGAACACAGUUUUAAGGGUGGUCAGCAGUAACUCUCGUGACGGUGUGUGUUUUAAAUUAGAGAAACAAACAUGGCAGCGAAAAAGGCAAUGGUACACAGAAGACGAUUUCUGAAAAUCUACUCAUUAAAAUUUUGCGAUAUUUGGCAGAAGUUUUACUUUUAUCAUAUGUUAAAUAAUGAUAACUUUAAAGUGGAAGUUGAACAGAGGAAUAAUAUUUUGUAACACAUUUAAUAAUUACAGUACAAUUAUAUUAUUGAUCAUCUAAAAACUUGUCUGUUAAAAUUUGGUCAAAUACGUUUCAAAUGGUAAUGAUUAAUUAUAAUAAGCUGUGUGCAAGUUUAUAGGAAAAUCUAAUGAGUGAAUUUUAUGUAAACUGUGAAAAAGUGAAAUUUUAAGGUUGUAUUCAAUCGUUCGUGUUGCCAUGGCAACUCCACAAAUGUCACAUUUUAUCUGUCAAUCAAAAUCUUUCAUCACUAUAUUUUCCAAUUUCCAAGUUUCAGCUUGUGAGCUGCACCCUUUCUCUUGCCAUGAUUUGGCAAAUGACAUAUCAUACACUGUAUACACACAAACUGCCAAAACUGUGUUCAGCCACUUUUGGCACUUCAAUCUUACUGUCACACUAAAUCACCGCCUGGUUAGCUUAGUUGGGAGACUCACUUGCUGGUCUGCCCAGUGGUAGGUCAUGGGUUGAAACCCCCGGCUGGACCAACACUCAGGAUCUUUAAAUAACUGAGAAGAAAGUGCUGCCUUUGUAAUAACCUCUGCAAACGGUUAUUUUUUCUAGUCUUCUUGGAUACGGAUGAAAAACGUUAUGUUCCUUCACAAAGCACUUUCACUUAUCUGGUUCUUCCUUUCGUGUGACGUAAAACCAGAACCCACACCACUGUUCCAAAAGAGUAAGGGACAUAGACCCCAGUGGUGUGGCAGCCCUUUCCUGGGGUGGAUGGGUAUCUGUACAGACUGUCACUGAUCUUAGUAAUACACUGUAGGAAUGUCGAAAUUGGUACCUUAACAGCAGUGAUUUUGUUACCUUUGCGUCCUGCGUCCCUGACGCAUAAAAAUCCCCAAAGACACAAAAUAAUUCAUGGUACGCAAAGAACGAUCCAUCGAUUUGAAGAUUCUUUUUUGGUAGAAUACCCUGUUUGUGUGAUUUCUGUGGCUGUUCUUUAAAGAUGCAUUUUGUUGUAGUUUUUUUUCUGCUUUAAACUUGGCAAAUUGAAGAUUCAAUCGACCCCGAUAACUCAAACCCCCGCUAACUCGAACUGUUUUUCGUGUCCCUUCAGAGUUCGAGUUACCGGGGUUCUACUGUACAAUACAACUGAUUAUUUUAUUAAUUCUCUUUGCAGUUGCUCCAAGGUUUUUAGCGUCUCCUCCGCAACAACUUGAAAUUGAUGUUAAUGGCAAUAGCAGCUUGACAUGCGAUGUAUUUGCAGACCCUUCGCCAUCUUUUAAGUGGUACAAGGAUGGGAAACAACUCACAACAUCAACGUAAGUUUUGUAACAAUUGUUUCUCCUAGUACACGCUUUGUGAAUUGGUAAAUGUAAAGGCCACACCUUGUUUUUUAUUCUCACACAUUGUUAUAAGUGCAAACUUUUGAUUUUUUCUAGAUUUCAUUUGAAGAGUCAGGGAAAAAUUUAGUGCUCUCAAGAAUCAUUUGAAUGCAUAAGAAUAUCAUGUAAUUUAAUACUCUACGCAUCCUAGAUGAGCUAAACGUUUUGCACCGGAAAGUUGUAAUUCAGUCUAGGUUGCAUUUGGAAGUUAUCUGUGUGACGUUCAUAACUUGAAUAUAAAGAGGUAGAAUAAUAAUACAUUGUGUAAAGGCGUGAAUAAAAAAUAUUGUUUCCUGCACCGAAAAGCUGAAGAAAAUAUGAAGUGUAAGGUGAAAGCAAAUUAUUUAGAGGUCAACGGUCAAUUGGGAAAGAGUUUACUUGUGUUGUUGUUUUUGUUGUUCAAGUUGGUAGCAAUCCCAAGAAAGAAGCUAAAAAGUCCCUGGAGGCGUGAUGACAAGCAGAUUUGCACUCAUCAGAAAAAUCAAUUUAAACUAGACAUAGCCUGCGAAAACAGCCGUUUCUCUUCGCUUUUCGCCGCUGAGGACGUUUCGCGAUAGCCUGCGAAAACAUCCGUUUCUCCCCGCUCUUCGCCGCUGGGGCGAAGAGCGUGGAGAAACGGAUGUUUUCGCAGGCUACUUUCGCGAGGAAUAACGUCUGCGACUCAGCGACAGAAAUUCCUUACUGAUGACGUAAAAUUGUUUACGAAUGACAGGCAAAAGACCGAAGGCAAUACAAAAGGCCACGAAGGUCAAAUGUAAACGCAAAACAGUCAAAAUUGGUGGAACAUAUUCUUCUCUAGAAGAAGCAUUUGAUUUUUGCUGGAGCUCGUUCGCAGAUAAACACCACACUUUAGUAAAAUCGACCAGGAGAAACGUAAAAUUGAACAAAUUUGGUUGUGGAACCCCAUGACUACCGGAUAUAUUAUGUAAACAUUGAUUUACGUCAUCAGUAUGGAAUUUCUGUCGCUAAGUCGCAGACGUUCAUCAAGGGGGACGUUCCUCGCGGCGAAGAGCGAUGAGAAACGGCUGUUUUCGCAGGCUAAACUUGACAGUGUUCCACAUAAACCUCUCCUCCCUUGGCCCUAUUUUAUUGCUAGUCGCAGGUACAGUUUCAGUACGUUACUUACCGUGGAAAUAGAGGAUAUUACAUGGCCGCGCGGAGAUACGAAAUUUCUCUUCGAGUGUUGAAUUAUUUCGCAAGUGAGCGUAGCGAACAAGUGAAGUAUUUUUCAGCACGAGAAGAGAAAUUUCGUAUCUCCAAGCGGCCAUAAACACCCAACCUUUUUCACUUUAUUAGUUUUUGCUGUGAAAGGCGCGAUUUAUUACAUGUUAUUUUUACACGUGAAGAUAUCAUGUUUUCGCGCGAAACUCACUUGGUAUUUUAUUGGUGUUUAUUCAAUAAAAUGUUGUAUUUCACAGUGUACAGGUAACAUUAAAUGGCAACAAGUUGGUUUUUAAGAAUGUGAGGUACCCGGCUGAAAUUGGAGUUUAUCAAUGUGUGGCGGAGAAUCCACAUGGAAUGAUCGUGUCUUCCACGUAUGUCAAAGUUCUAGGUAAGCACUUGGAAAAUCGCAUAAAUAGUAAAAUUUCCACUCUAAUACUGGCGUGUUAGGUAAGGAAAACUUAACAUUAUAUUGCAACUUUUGUAUAAGAUGAGGAAUACUAAACAUUGCUUGGAUGCAGGAAAACCAAACAAACAAACUGCAAACAAAAAAGGUUGAGAUCACCGCACAAACUUAUGUAAUAAACACUGCCUUUUGCGCGUUUUGAGUCAGCUAGUAUUUUCCUCAAGGGUAAAAUUUCUCACACGUGAAUUUUUCUUUUUGCAGCCAUAAAACCAUCUUUCGCGGAGUCCGGAUUUGGUCCAUUUUACUUGUUCAAAGGCACUGAAGGGCGAUUGAAGUGUAAUCCGAAAGCAGCUCCACGGCCAACUAAAGACGAUUAUGAAUGGUAUAAAGGAAACACUCUACUAACGUCAUCACCACCCUACAGAAUAGAGUAUGGGGAAUACAGUACAUUGAUAAUUGACAACGUUGAGAAGAAUAGAGACGAGGGUGAUUACAAGUGUUUUGCAAAGAACUUCUUGGGCAACGAUGAGGCAACAGGAAAAGCUACAGUUCUUGGUGAGAAUAUCAUGAUGUAUCGUUUCGAUACAAAGUCGUUUCGAUACAAGUCGUUUCGCGGAUACAAACUCAAGCAGUGAAAUUGCACCAAAAUUUUGUUCACUUCAAGUAUAGUUUGCGAGGGAACAAGAAAAACAUUUUGGGUUAAUAUCUUCGGUUCUUUACUCCUAGUACGUGGGACUAUUAACACCUCGAAUGAAUAAACUUGUAUCGAAACGACCCGUUUUUAACCUCCUUAAAUAAGGGAGCUUUGGGCUAUGAACACACUGUACAGGGGAGCUUUUCCGCUGCCCCGAAAAUAAUACCGGAUACCGAUAGGGUUUCUGUUCACACAUACAUGAAGAACGGUGAUCGGGUCACGAUUUCUGUAACGGUACGAAGCUGCGCUGCGCUGAUCUCAAAAGUGGAACGUCACAUGUCACAUAUCGGAUAGGUUUUGUGCCACACUUUACUGCAGUGUGAACAGUACAUUCGGGCCGUUGCGGAAGUGAAUAAGUAGGAAACUUCAAAGAGGACUGGAACCCACUGAGACGGAAGUGAAUAUUCAGGAGUGGGGACUGGGAUUUAAAGCCAAAGCCUCUCGGCCAACCGCCCGCUCCGGCAUGAUGUUCGAUCUGUGCGAAUGACUUAUUCCUAAGAACCAAUGCGCUUCUGGCUGGCACAUUAAUAUCAACAGGUGAAGUCAGCUUGAAUAUCGCCGGUUGCAAAUUUUUAACAGUUAUUGGACUAGGUUGAGCAAAGCUAUGUCGUGUUUUGUCAGUAGCGAGACAGAGGUGAGACCGUGACGUCCUCGUCUUCAAGAAAAGAGAAAAGGAAACCGCUGUUUAGAGUUCACGUCCUCCAUAAAAACGUGAGAUUAGGAACUUUCUUGUUGUCGCAGGCAGUAAGACAUGGAAAUGUCACGACAAAAAGUGUGCUGCUCGUGCUGAGUUGUUUUGAUCAUUUAACCUAUUCUUUUUUUUUGGCGUUCUCGUUGCCGCCAAGGAGUUACAGGUGCCAAUCAAAACGCGCGAAAAAUAUUUAUCUGGUAAAUACUGCUGAUUGCUAUAUAGCUGGAAAUUUUUUCCCAGCAGCGCGCGUUUUCAUUGGUUACUUCGAGGUCACAUGACAUCUAACAAUGAAACUGUUUCCCGCCACAAUCUCUGAGCAGGCAACAUUGCCAAAUCUAUGACGUCAGAGGGUAAGAGUGCACUGCUUCCCGCGAAUGUUGACGGACGACCGCCGGCACAGCGAGGUUUAAUGAAUUCCAGCUUCGAAAUUUUCAGCAAUAUAACAAAUCAUUGGUCCCUCGGGAAACAGUUAAUUUUGUUGCCGAGAAUCUCAGUGUUUCCCUAGGCGGAGCCUAGGGAAACGUUGAGAUUCUGUUGUUCUCGGCUCCACUCAUAAAGUGUUAUUUUUUCUUUCAGAGAGAACUAUAAUUACCGUGAGACCAGAAAAUAAACAAGUUGACGAAGGAACACGCGUUGAUUUGAGAUGCGAAGCAACAGCAGACCCGUCUCUUGAGUUGAGAUACUAUUGGAAAAGGGAUAAUGCUGUCAUAACGUACAACAACAAAAUUGAGUGGCUUGAAGGACCUAAUGUUCUGACAAUUGCUAGCAUUACAGUUGAUGAUGCUGGUAAUUAUACUUGUGUGGCCUAUACUCCUGAUCCAAAAAGAUCUGAAGACCAAGCAUCUGCUACUAUUGAUAUCUCAGGUACUCUUUUAGUGUAUACCUUUACUCUGAGGGCCUUUAGGAAGAACGGAAAAGCUUUCGGUAUAUUGGCGCUUCUACCUUCAGUGUCUUUUUGUACUUUAGAGAGUGGCGACAUGUCUCCAGCUUUCAGCGAAGUAAUGUCUGGGAACAUUUGGUAGUUCAGAUUGGUUUGUGGUAUUCAAAGGAACCAUAUAGUUAUCCAAUCAUUGCUAAUAUUAUGCACCCAAAUGAUCCUAGAAAUCUUUGCGCCGAAAGCUUGGGGAAUUUUUGCGUAAACUGUCCAUUAUCAUCAUCAUCAUCCUCCCUCUCCUGAUCAUCAUCUGAUCAUCAUCAUUAUUUUUAUUACUAUUAGGAUCUAGUGUAAAAACUAUUGAAGUGUGUGGAAAGUUUACCUUUACAGUUUUUGUGUUUUUGUUGUUUUGUUCUUCAAUGUUUUUGUUACAAGUUAGAUUUUUGUUUUAAUGGAACUUUGUAAAGUCAAUACUGCCCUCGUUCAUCAUGGAAGUUAUAUAAUUUUCAUAGUUUCCGUAGUAGAAAAAAGAAACUGUUAUGACACUAACCAAGAUUUUUCAUUUUCGUUUGAAUCCGAUUUUUAUAGGUGCUCCUUAUCCGCCCACAAAUCUUGCCAUAACAGAUUGUUUUAACCGCAAUACAACGCUUUCCUGGGUCACUGGAGCAGCAAACAAUGCUUCCAUCACACGGUUUAUUAUUGAGCAGGAAUCUACGUAUGAGCCCAACGUGUUUUAUGUCAUUCUAAAUGUCACGAACCCUAAUGCGACGUCCUUUACCUUUAAUCUGACCGGCUGGGCGACCCUUCGUUUCCGUAUUAGAGCUGUCAACCGCUUUGGACCCAGCCGUGCAAGUGUAGCCACGACUGAAGUUUGUCGAACAAAUGUUGGACGUAAGUAUAUCUUUGGCUGUUCAGUGUAAACAUGCCUCUUAACAAACGUUCAGCGAUAUUUAUCCCCGGGCGAAGGAGAGUUAUAGUGUAAAUGCUAUAUUGAUUUUGAUAUUUUUAAACUUAAACAAAUAUAACUAUUGUUUCGGUAUAUAAAAUUGUGACUUGUUUUGGAACCAUUCAAUCAUAACAUCUUGCAGAACUUUUUGGGUUAUUUCUUGAUAAUGAGUUCGAUUUGAGACAUUCUUGGAAGGGAGGUGACUUAAAAUAUUGUAUUUUUUUAACAGCUCCAGAUAAAUAUCCAGACAAUUUCCGUGGAAAUCCCAAGGGAGCGGAGACUCUCGAUAUUGUUUGGACUGUAAGUACACUUAUCAAUUUGGUUAAGAGCCUUCUCGAUCUGCAUGACUCGUCAUAUUAAAAGAAAGCCGAAUUAACUAAUUAUUGUUUUAUAAUUUAUUCAAAAUGUUUCUAAGUUCUUUACAUCUUUGCCUCCUUAUGGACUUUUUUAAAACAUUGGUCUCAUUCGCCACUCUAGGAACGAGAGGAAACUGGAUCGAGUUAACUUUCGCGAAGACUGCCGGGACUUUUACAAGGGACAGGGAAAUAAGUUGACCAACAGCUGACCGGCGCUCUUUUAGUAACAAUCCAAGAAACAAUUGCGGAAAACGUAUCGGCUCCAUUUCCCUUUUCGUUCCUAUAGUAGCGAAUUAUAGUUAAAAAUUCUCGCGUGGAGCCCCCACUUCCAGACACCCCUAGGUUAACAUAAGUUAUGGGAAGAGGCGAGCCCGGAGGCGGAAAGAAGUGGGAGCUAAGGCCCAAGAGUGUGCCAUUAGGGACCUUAAGCAAGGACGACGACGACUUCAGUGAAAACGUUGGUAAAAAAAUUAAUUUGCGUUCUUUCAAACUUAAUCGCGUCUAUUUGGACCCGCUCAAUAUGUCAAAUGCAGGCGACUUUUCCUGGAGUUGAAUUCUUAAGGAUUUUAUUCAGGUUCAAAAAGAUGAAGGAAAAUUCGUCGUCGUAUGUCCCCGUCUUCUAUAAAACGUAAAAUUAGGAGGUUUCACGUCGUAGUCGUGCAGUGGACGUCAAAGAAAUGUACUAAAAAGCGUGAUGCGCGUGCAGAGCUGUUGUUUUGAUCAUUAAACCUAUUGUAUUUUUGUUUUCUUUUUUAUUUUUUUUUGAAGUCGUCGUUGUGGUCGUCGUCGUCCUCGCUUAAGGUCCCUAUUGCUGCGGAGAGGACAACCUAACUGGUUUUGCUAUUAAUUUUUUUUUCGCAGGCAAUGCCUAAAGUGGAUUGGAAUGCACCCGGCCUUUACUACAUGCUGAAGUACAGACAGGUGGGCGAUGGGAAAUCUGAAGUCGAGGAGAAAAUCCCUGAUCCCGCUGUUGACGUUUUUGCGAUACCAAAUCCCGGUUAUUAUGAGCUGUGGGAAUUUCAGAUUCAAGCUGGGAACGAGGAAGGUAAGGGGCCUUGGAGUCCUAAAGUACAAUCACGUUCGGGUCAAGACCCGCCCGAAGGAAAGCCAGGAAACGUACAAACUGGAGGUGCGACCGCACGCACUGUUGAGUUGUCAUGGCAACCUGUUACUGUCACUCGAGGAAGUGUGGAUGGUUAUAAGGUGAGAGCAGUUUCGUUCCUUUUGCCUUUUUUUUUUCCUUUACCUUGAGUGAGAAAAAUGGAAACAUACCCCUGGAGCGAGAUUUAGUUAUUAAUAGUCGUUCAAACUGCUGCGAACAGAUUUUAAGGGGUUGUUACAGCAACUUGUGAAUUUGCUUAGCUUACACUUGCUCGGAAGUCGGCCUUGAUGAAGUUUCUUGUUCUUGUAGCCUGGGAAAACAGCCGACGUUUCUCGAAACACCACCACUGGUUUUCCCGCAAAAAUGACGCCUAAGAAAGGAGCGCAGAAAUUCCAUACUGAUGACGUGUCAUCACUACCCUGAUCUAGAUAGUGCCUCUGAUUGGUUGAAGUUAGUUUCUCUCGCCGCACGGCUAAUUAGAAGCAUUACCCAGAUCGAGGUAGUAACACGUUAUUAAUAUGGAAUUUCUACGCUCGUUCCUCAGACGUCAUUUUUCGGGGAUACCAGUGGUGGCGUCACGAAAUGUCGGCUGUUUUCUAAGGCUUCUUUUAUGGAUUGGUAAGCUUUUGUUAUCGUCAUUUUGGCCCUGUUGCACUGACAUUGAUCGAAUCAGACAAAUACAGCAAGUCACACCCAAUAGUGGGUGUCAAGAAUUGUGUUUUACAGUGGCGCAAUUUUUAUUUUUAGAUUUAUUACUGGGGUGAAAGUCGGCUGAAUGCAAGACGCCGACGUGAAAUUCCUGCUUAUGCGUUGUCUGUAAAUGUCCCAGGAGGCACCACGACUUCGCAUACUGUAACGAGACUUACGCCUUACACUAACUACAACUUUGCAAUCACGGCUUACAACAGUGGUGGCGAAGGACCGGCCAGUGACGAAGCCUUUGCAGCAACUGAUGAGGAUAGUAAGUUAUAGAUAGAGACCUUUAGAUUCUAGGACGAGAUUUAACUUAAAGUUUUUUCGCGUAUUCUCAAAUAAUAGACACCCCGCAUUGCUUCAUUGUACGUCCUUUUUACCUAAACAAAACACUGUUUUCUUGAUUGAAGGGAGGGCAAGCUAUCUCCCAACCGCAAAAUAAUAAAACCUCUAACACUUUAUCACUUGUGUCCGCUAACAUGACAUUCUCGCCAAAGCUCGUAGUAGAAUGACGGCGACUAUCACGUUUUCCCGCCAAAUUGACGCUGGUUUAAGCGGGCGCACUACUUAGUAUUGAGAAAAUCUCGUACUCGUAGUCGUACUUGCCUUAGAAUUUAAGGUGAUUCCCUAGUAAAAGAAUGUAACAUAGAUUGUUGAUGAAACUUGUUACACUGAUGUAACAAGUCAAGAAGAUGAUAAAAAAGUAAUAAAAAGUGGGGGUCACCGUGCUCGUUUUGACGUCACAAUGCUGACAAAUACGGCCAUUUAGGACCCUUUUACAAAAACCGCAGGCGGCCCAAAACUAGACAAAAAGGAGAGUUUUUUUCGAUGAUGCAUGUGGUAUCACACAGAAUUGGACUUUAAUGUAUUGUUUAUCCACUUACGUACCAGAAAAAUGCCUUUUAAUGCCCUUGUUUUUACUUUACGCUACAAAGUAGAAUUCAAUUAGACACGCGCUAUUCGACCCGUGAUAGCUCAAUCCGUACAAUUUAGUAAAAUUGCCAAAAAACUGAACAUAGAUUUGUGCCAAUUUUUUUCCCAUCGAAAGAAAGCAGUGUCCUUGUUAAAAUCAUGGAAUAAAAAAUGGGGGUCACCGUACUCGUUUUUGCGGUAGAGCUGCAGAAAGUGCGCAACAAAUGCAUUUUCUCCGAUUUUUGAGAGAGGACUGGGGCGAGUGUCAUAUUAGAAUGUAUGUGAAAGGGGGAAGAAAGAAUUUACUUCGAGAUAUCAUCUUUAGGACACAAUGUGAUGUGACACAAUGUGGCCACCUUCGCGAAACCAACUGUCACUCUCAAAACAAGGCUAAGUGCUAAAACUUUUUUGUGAAAAUAACUUUUGUUUUCUGAAAUUUUUACUUAAGUCACUAUUGGGAAUGAAAGACUUUAGGAUUUGCAAGCGUCGCCACCACGAUAGGUGACAGACACAGGUGAAAGGUUCGCUCUUUUAAAUUAAGGUGGCUCCCCAGAGUAUUUACUAAUAAUUCGAGCUAUCAAGCAUACGUUACAGAAGGAAAUCUAGUUACUUUGUCUUUGCGAUUUUGUUCACGAGAUUCACCGCUAAGGUUGCCCAUAUAAGAACGCUCCUUUAUCAAGUUUCAUUUUCUGGAUUAAGGCCGUUGCCAUGGAAACAUCGCAUCCUUAAACAGGCAGUAAUUUUGUCAUUUUUGCCCAUUUUUCCUUAAUAUUUCUCAUUUCCCGCGGUGAAAUGUCUUUAAACUUUGCCACUUUAUAUUAACGAUAUUGCUUAACAUUUUAAAGUGGAAAAAACAUGGGGUCGUUAAGGCGGUUUUGCCAAUAUUUUGAAAUUUGUAAUUUUUCUUAAUAGAGGAGUUUAGCUCUUACAGAUUUUGACAAAAAAAUGACAGUACAAAGGUACUGCGACUGUUAAGAAGUGAGGCGAUUUUUAAAAAAAUUUACCCAAGGAAACGCGAGAAAUUCACGGUUAAUUAACUGCGCUGACGUCACAAAAAUCCGAAAAACACGCGUGGUUCGGGGUCGUUUGAGCAAAAUACGCGCGCGAACCGUCACGCCCGCAUGCGCAUAAUGCACAAAGCUGCUGAAAACAUGUGGUUUCUUUGAAGAGUACGAAAGUCAUUGUUUUGAAGCCGUUUAUUGGUAUUAUUACGGUGAUAUCUCGCCAGUUGAAAAAGGAGAGAUAGCGGAUUCAAUUUUAUACCUAACACAGGAUGUUUUCUUCGAAGUACUUGACUAUUGCAGUUAAAAUUCGAACCGUGGUGGUCACUCGUGAGGAUGGCGAUUGUCGGAGAUGAAGACGGUGGUUGUUCAAGGAUUGCAAUAAGCCCUUCAUUUCCUAAUCUGCUGUACACUGUUUGCAGAUCUUCAAAGGUCAGCCCACUUCCGGAUACUUUUUCAACCUUGUUCUUCUGUAGGGAUAAUUUCGACGGCCAAGUUUUUCUUUAAAAGUCUGCUGUAAAAGAUGGCGCCGAUCUAUAAAUCGUACAUCAUGUCCUCAGCUACAUGUACAAGACCGUAGGUCUAGACGGACAACUAUUGCUUUCGUCAAGGGUCAAUCUGUGAGUAAAAAUUAUUUCUCGUUGUGCAAAAACAUUUUCUAGUGCAUCUUGCAUGUGCGUUGAAGGACGUUUGAAACAAGAAAAAAUACACGGAUGUUGGUUCGUCGAUGGAAAGGUUCCUUCGAUUAGGAUGCAAGUUAAGUGGGAAACCUUUUUUCUGAUAAGUUUUUUAAACAAUGUGAUAGAGUCGGCAAGACAACAAAGAUUACACUCCAUGUUAUCUUGUCUUAAAGCCACUUCUAGAAUUACUUAAAUAAAAUCAAAUGUAAGAGAAAUAAAGUGACCGAGGAGCUCCGCCAGUGAAGACAAUCUUCAGUGUUUGUUCGGGAAUUGGCUCGAUCUUUCAGAUCUUUCCACUGACCGUGAGCCAAAGGCCAGAAAAAGGAACAUUGCUUCCUUCUGGGUUAGUGUACUUACUUCUUUGUUUUCUAAGUAAAGUUUCCACUCACCAUUUACUUCGACUAUUUAACGUUUGUCUACUUUUGAAGCGAAAGAAUUGAUGUCUUUGGAAAAUUUCUGCUUUGUUUUUACAUACAAUUUACUCUUAUGGAGAUCGAUAGUGACUUGUAACCGGUGUAGCAUUGUCUCCUCUCAUAAAUGUUUGACCUACUCUAAUCAAACUUUUUACACAAUGAGCUUAACAGAAAGUUAAUAAAGUUUUUUUGGGGGAAUAUUUCGAAACUGAGAGGCCAUGUUUAUUUUAAUUUUUGCGUGGACGUCGCGCGGAUUUUAAAGCUCGCGCCAUACUGGUGCUCAGGCUGCGCACGGCCAAUUUACUCUAGGGAGCCACCUUAAGAUUUUCAAUUAAAUUGCCUUUUUAUUCCUUCUUUAGUUCCAGGUCCACCAGCAGAAGUCAACGUCUAUGCUUUUGCAAAAUACAUCCUGGUCACAUGGAAAACUCCUGAGGAACCAAACGGCGUGAUUACAAAAUACCGAGUGAGGUCGGCGCAGUACGAAGGUUCGCAACCGAACGACGAUCUACAGGUAUCCUGGCAGGAAGUCGGGCCAGGCGUUUUUAGAAAGCUUCUUGAGAAUCAGACGCCGGAGAGAAAUUAUGUUGUAGAAAUACAAGCAGAGACAAGCAAAGGGUGGGGAGAUAAAUUCAGAAAGACAACUCGAACUGUGGCAUAUGGUCGUAAGUAUUUUUUUAAUUAUAAAGGAGCUUGAGCAACAAAUACGGCGACGGCUACGAAAAUGUCACAUAAAAACUGAAUUCGUGCUGCCUCAAACUUAAUGUGCUUACUCCAUCUCGCUUUUUACGUCAAAUGUUAGCAGUUUUUUUUUUUUUCAGUUCUGGGGUUGAAUUCUAAAGGACUCUAUGGAAGUUAAGGAAAAGAAUAAAAAAGUUGGUCCCUGUGUUCACGUUCUCCGCAAAACGCGGAAACAGGCAUUUUCCCGUCGUAGUCGUGUUGCGAUGGCAAAAGGGAGCUUUAGCAACGACGACGGCGACGGCAACGAGGACGUCAAAAAAGCAGUAGGUUUAUUACGCAAAACAACAACUUUGCACGUGUAUCACGCUUUUUUGUACAUUUCUUUACCGUCCUUGCACGACUACGACGUGAAAAUGCCUAAUUGCAAAUUUUAUGGAGGACGUAAACAAUCGACGGCGAAUCUGUUCUCCUCUCUCUAAACUUGAGUGCAGUCCUCAAGAAAUCAGCACCAGGGAAAUUCGCCUACACUUGCCAUUUUCAGCAAAUUGGAAUAAACGCGACAAAGAUUGAAAAAACGGGAAUUAAUUUUAAAACUGACGUUUUCGCUGCCGUUGCCGUCGUCGAUGCUAAAGCUCCCUAAAGAUGUCCAAAAAGGCGCGAUGCACGUGCAGAGUUGUUGUUUUGCCAAUCUACUAAGCCUAUUGCUUUUUUGCCGUUUUCGUUGACAUCAACGUCUUCGUUGCUUAAGCUCCUUGUAAUUAACUAGUUCGUUACUUUGGCUCUCGGGCAACUGGAACUCGAACCGUCUAGGAAAAUCAAAGCAAAUAAGCAAAUGAAUUGGGAGGGAAUGCAGUUAUCAUCCACACUUUACUUCAAGGGCAGCAUGAGAUACAGAUUGUAUUUUCAAAAGGGGAUAAAGUAACAAUAUAUUCAACGUUUCAAAUCCAUGCAGUUGCAUGCUUGUCAUAGUUUCCCUUUUGGUUACAAUAGAGACAUUUAGAUACGAAGACGAGAAUCACUACGAGUACAAGAUUUGACUAUGUUUUUUCGCGUAUCGUCAAAAAAUAGACACCCCUGGAAGGUUCAUUGUACUCUUUUAUCAGAAAAGUUCUGUUACUUUUAUUGAAGGGGGCUAAGCCCUCUCCUAUCGUAAAAUGAUAAAACUUCUAACAUUUGACAACUUGUUUCCUUCAUAACGACGUCUUGCUAAAACCCUUAGUGGAAUGACGACGGCUAUCAUGUUUUUCCGCCAAAAUGACGCUUGUUCUCGCGCGUGCACUGCUUAGUAUUGAGAAAAUCUCGGUCUCGGACUGUGCGCUGGUCUUAGAAUCUUAAGGUUUCUGUUAACUUCGUUUUUCUUCUCAGCUCCUGCCAAACCUAAAAACCCACUGUGGAGGGAACCGGUGCGGAUAAAGUGAAAGUUACUUACAACUUUGGUCUUGGUGGAGGCUAUACGCACGAGUUCCUGGUCAUGUACCGAAGGAAAUGUAAGUAUUCUAUCUUGAAAGGUUGUUGUAUCUUAUUUAGUCUGUGGUGUAACCGUUCAAAUGAAUUCUCGUGGUGCCAUUUAUUUAUCAGCAAUUGCAAAAUGAAAUUUUGCCAUUUUUAGGAGUGAAAGGAUUUCACUUAACCGACUUUGUCUGCUCUUACAUAAAAAGCAUUUUUCCUUGCGUGAUAAUUAACUCUCCUUAUUACCCUUUCUCUCGAUAAUGUAUUCAUAUGAUACUGUUGAGAAAAAAUUGAUGUUGGUCACUCAAAGUUGAUGAAUCCUUCCUUAAGACGGACACAAAACCCAUCUUUUUAUUUAUUUUGUAGUGGAUGGAGAAGCCUUUCAGAACACGAGUUGGGUAGAUCAUUUUGAAAAGCAGAGCAUCGAGAUUGGAGGCUUAAAUAACGAGCUUUACGAGUUUAAAACUGUUGGCAGAAAUGAUUAUCCAGAAGAUAAUGAUGUCAAUACAAAAACGGAGAGCCCUGCCAGUGACGUCACAGAGGGACGGCCUCUUCCAGGGAUAGUCAGUAAGUAUCGCACUUCACUUCUCUUGGCUCAAAAUAACGGUCGGUCAACGGCCAAUGUCUUGCGAAAAUGACCAUUUUUCAGUUGGCCGGUCAUUUGUUAAGUGACAAGUGAACAUGACCGGCCACUGUCCAAAAAUUAUUUUAAGCCCUGACUUUUAGAACAAAAUGCCGUGGGGAUAGUCUGUGUGCAGACCCUCCCCCCUCAAGUGGAAUCUAUUUUGUAUCCUCUCAGUUUUUCUCGGAUUAACUGAGAUGGCCAGAACUUUUAACUACCCAUUUUAAGAUGAAAAUGAAUUCCACAACUUUACAAAUAUCUUUCAGGCGGCCAGCGGUCAACAACUCCUAUCCACCAGACUGCCUGGUUUAUUGCCCUGCUGGUUCUUAUCGCCGUUCUGCUGAUUGUGUUGGUUAUAUUUGUACUUUACACUCGGCAUCAAGGAGCUAAAUAUCCUGGUAAGACCAAAUCGUACCUUCUAUCAUUACAAAGAAAACUUUCGCAUGGAAUUUUGUUGGUUGUUCAACGACUGUAGCCCGCGUCACAGACGGGAAUAAACAUCUGGUUAACGCCGUCUGCGAAACAACGCCGAAAUCCUUGUCCUUGGCCCGCAGCUGCAUACCAGGAUUUGAGUACGCGUCGCGAUUGGCCUGUUAAAAAAGCCAUUGUAAAUUCGCCAACCAGGUUGAAGGGAAACUCGAAACGCAUUUCCGGUAAUUUCUUGAGUCUUUUAGGGGCCGAGAACAAAGAUAGUGGCGCUGCCUCGCAGAGGCUACUUGACCAGGUGUUAGGGUAGGUCUUCGACACAUGCAAAAAGACUUUCACGUAUGGAGAAAUGUCAUUGGAUUCCAGUCUCCCUCUUAUUGGGUAUUAGCACUUGUCUUGUUUUGUUAAGCAGUUUUUUCAUUCAUUUCAUUAAUGCAUUACCGCUGUUCAGUGUCACUUCUGGCGCUUAUAAAGAAACUGGUUUUCAACGUAACAUUUGUGGCGCCGUGUACACGAGCAAGUAAAUUUGCCGUGACAUAAUAUUUACUCAUAUGUAGUGUGCUUUAUUGGAGUUUUUUUAAUCUUUUUGCCAUGAAAUCGACCUUUUCUGCUUUCCUUUUUAGUUGGCAAACGUGAGAAAAAGCGUGCAGCUCUAAUUGAUCAUGAACCGCCGUUCGAUGAAGAAGAAGGCGAUGGAGGGUAAGAAAGAGUCAACCGUGUUUUCUUAGAGGGCACAAAUGAAAAAUUUUAGAUGAAUAAAGAGAAAUCUCGGGAUGUACCUCAUGCAAAAUUGCCAUGUAGAGACCCUAUAGUCAAAUAUGACAGCCUUGACCACAUGAUAACGUUAUAUGGUAGCCUGUCAUGAAGUACCAUCCACCAAGGUUGUCGAUAGAGACCUUUAGAUUCUAAGACGACUGCGAGGACAAGAUUCUCUUAGGUAGUGCGCACGCUUGAACCAAUGUCGUUUUGGCGGUUAAACACCUUAAGCGUUUUAUUAUUUUGCGAUCACUGGAGAGGGCUUAACCGCCUUCAGUAAAAAUAACAGUUUCAGCGUUUAGGGUGAAACACUUACAAUGGAGCUUUUCGGGAAGUAUAUGUUUUGAGAAUACGCGAAAAAAACUAUAAGUUGUAUAAAAUCUUGUCGCGUGGUCGUCCUUUUAGAUGAUAACUUACGCAACAGGACGGGACAGGAAAGAAUAUGGCAAACCUUGUGUUACAAGCGUGACAAUUAUGUUUGAAAGGACUUUCCGCACUGAAGAUGACGACAGAACACGUAAGUAAUCGCCCUGUCACUCUUGUCACACAAACGUCUUGCUGUUUUCUUCUUUGUGCCACUACUCACCAAUAACAGGGAAGCCGGGGCACCGCCCUGGUAAGCCGGCGAUGAGGUGAAAGAGCCCCUGGGAAAUCAGCCUUGAUGUUUUAAAUAUCUGAUAUAAGUUUCGUUCACCUCUCCAGCCGAACGGAAAAUCCGCCACCCUAUCAGAGCCAGGGGUCACUACAGAGGAGCCCAGAAAGUGACCGCGACAGUUUGGACGAUUAUGGCGAGGGGCCUCAAUUUAACGAAGAUGGCUCCUUCAUUGGAGAAUAUGGCGACGAGAAGAAGAAUGCUCCGGACGAAAAGGAUGACUCAGCUUUGGCGACAUUCGUUUGA